AAUGAACAAUCCCCCCUCUACAAAAGGCCCCGUGUAAUAAUAGUAGUAGUUCCAUUUGACCACGGAACAGUAGCAGCCGGCCGGCGCAAGUUUUUCCUCUUUCCUUCCUUCUCAGUUCCGAACAAAGUUUUAUUCAUUUAUUUAUUUUGGUCCGCUUUUCUUGCUGUUUGCAUUUUGCGGUAAACUAAGGGGGAGUUCCAGUUGAUGUGCACUCGGUAUUGUGCCGUUUCUUUUUAUAUGUUGAGACAAUGGCAGCUGCAACUUCCUUGCUUUCGCCCUGUGAAAUGCGAAUCUGUGGCCACUAUGGCCAGUUUAAGGUGCAUGGAGGUUUACUACAUUCGGGCAUGAUGGAGAAGACCCGCUUACACUCGUUUAGCUCGUCUCUUUCAUCUUAUUCAGUGCGACAGGAUGCUUGGAGUCUCUGCGUUUUGAAAAAUGUACAUGGCCCCCUAUGCCCUAAUAAUGCUAAAUUUAAUGGUUUUACGUGCCGAUCCCUAUUAAAACCCGGUGGAGGAAAUGAGAUUCCUGUUCUGAAAGCAGCUGCAAAAAUAAUUUCCAGGUCACAUGGUACUUUGCAUGGAAGUCCUCCUGUGCUUCAGUUGGUUCCAGCCAUUGGUAUAAUUGCCUUGGCUGCUUGGGUUAGGCCGCUCAUGCGUUUCGGGAGGAUUCUUUUCCUAAGUAAGAAUGAUGGUAGUUGGAAAAAGAGCGGGAUACAUAAUCUUGUGACUUCCUAUCUUCAACCUUUGCUGUUUUGGACUGGAGCAAUGCUCAUUUGCAGAGCACUUGAUCCUGUGAUUCUAACUUCAGUAGCUAGCCAGGCUGUCAAGCGACGGCUUUUGUAUUUUGUACGAUCACUGUCUACUAUUCUUGCCUUUGCCUACUGUUUAUCAAGCUUGAUUCAUCAGACUCAGAAGUUCUUUGUCGAAACAAAAGAAUCUAGUGAUGCAAGAACAAUGGGCUUUGAGUUUGCUGGAAAAGCUGUAUAUACUGCAGUAUGGGUUGCUGCUGUUUCAUUAUUCAUGGAAUUGCUUGGUUUUUCAACCCAGAAGUGGCUAACUGCUGGGGGUCUUGGGACAGUAUUAUUAACCCUUGCUGGUCGUGAGAUUCUCACAAAUUUUCUUUCAAGUGUAAUGAUCCAUGCAACACGGCCAUUUGUUCUCAACGAUUGGAUUCAGACAAAGAUUGAUGGCUAUGAAGUUUCUGGUACAGUUGAGCAUGUGGGAUGGUGGUCACCAACAGUUAUAAGAGGUGAUGACCGUGAAGCAGUUCACAUUCCAAGUCACAAGUUUACAAUGAAUGUGGUAAGGAAUCUUAGCCAGAAGACUCAUUGGCGAAUUAAAUCCACUGCCAUAAGUCAUUUGGAUGUCAAUAAGAUCAAUAAUAUUGUGUCUGAUAUGCGCAAGGUUUUGGCUAAAAAUCCUCAAAUAGAGCAGCAGAAGUUGCAUAGACGAGUAUUUCUAGAUUAUAUAGAUACAGAGAAUCAGGCACUCAUGAUUAUGGUCUCUUGCUUCGUGAAGACCUCGCGUUUUGAAGAGUACCUAUGUGUAAGAGCGGCAUCUAAUCGUCCUUUCCUGCUGGUUGAUCCUUCUUAUAAAGUUAAUAAUGACAAUAAAAUCAGGACAACAGGUCGUACAGAACAACCUAAUGAAGAAAAAGAUGAGAAGGUUGAAGCAACCUCAACAUCUGAGACUAAGGUGGAUGCUAAAGUUGGACCAACAUCAAUUGUUGAUGAUGACAAAGUCGAUGAUGAGGGCUCCACAGAACUGAUAUCUGACAACAAUCAAAAGGCAACAGUUGAGAGCUUCAACUCUGAUGCCUUGCCACAUAUGGGUUCCAUUGAUCCAGGCCAAAGAAAUUCCGUGAAGCAGGUAGCUGAUAGAGCUGUUCUGAAGAGGCUUCAGCUGUUGCAACAAGUCUGA